CAAAACAGAAAAAUGUGACAAGAUGGUGUUUCACGGUUAAGAAUGUUUUCGACGCUCACGUAGACGACAAACCGUUUAAAAAAAUGACGACAUCGGAGCAAAUAGGCUUAAACAAAUCAUGGGAGCUGUCGCUCUAUGAGCUGCAUCGAACCCCACAGGAACCCAUCACUGACAAUACGGAGAUAGCGGUAUCCCCCAGAAGCCUUCACAGCGAAUUAAUGUGCCCCAUUUGCCUCGAUAUGCUUAAAAAAACGAUGACAACCAAAGAAUGCCUCCAUAGAUUUUGCUCCGAAUGUAUAAUAACCGCCCUAAGGUCAGGGAAUAAAGAAUGUCCCACGUGUCGAAAAAAACUGGUGUCAAAACGGUCAUUGCGCGCCGAUCCAAAUUUUGAUUUGUUAAUUUCGAAAAUCUAUCCGAGCAGAGACGAGUAUGAGGCGCAUCAGGAAAGAGUUCUCGCGAAGUUGAAUAAGAGUCACUCAAGGGAAGCAUUUGUGCAGUCUAUAAAUGAGGGCAUCAAGUUGCAGAGUCAAAAUAGGGUUCCGAGGGGACGGAAAAAUAACGAAACCGUGACUAGCGAAUCUCAGAAUGAAAACGCGAAUGUCACAAAUGCUCCGGCUUCUAGUGAAAAUAAUGCUCCAACGCCGCCUAAUAAUUCGACCAACACGAGUAAUCAACCUGCUCCCAACGCAACACCAACCAAUCAAACAGCUCCCCAAACUAAUAACAACCCAGGCAGUCCCGCGCCUUCAGGAAGAAGUACUCCUUCUCAACCUCCAAGUCCGGUGUCGUCGAGUGUGAGUUCCAUUAGUAAGUCGUUGGGAAAGAGGCCGAAAAGUGUGUUGACGUCGGAAAGAAGUGAGGAAAGUGACUCCACGGAAAGGACGGAGCAGACGGAUACCGACGGCGAAGGGCCAUCGGAACCAAUGACCCUCAACGAGAUCGAGUUAGUAUUUAAGCCGCAUCCUACGGAAAUGUCUGGCGAUAAUGCCUUGGUCAAGGCACUGAAGGAGAACUCGAUAAGGUAUAUAAAAACGACUGCAAACGCGACAGUCGACCAUCUUCACAAAUAUUUAGCGAUGAGGUUGACUAUCGAUUUGGAUUCUCAGCUUUCGACCACACACAAUCUCUUGAACUUUUGUAUAUACAUAUCGCCGUCGACUGGUCAAUAUGUACAGUUGAAUGGCAAUCAAACGCUGGGCCAAGUAAACGACAAAUAUUGGAAGGUUAACAAACCAUUGGAAAUGUAUUAUUCGUGGAAGAAGACAUAGGGAAUGCGUAAGGGGGUUAAGAAAACUCCCGAUAUAUAGGUUAAGUUUAGUUGUAGUUAUUUAUUAUUGCCAUUUCAUGUUUUUUUUUAACAACUAACGCUGUCCCCUUCGUCCCCUUCUUGAGUAUUAUUAGACGAUGGUGUUUAAGAUUUACAAAAACUUUUUUAAUCAAAAACCCUAUAGAAACUAACAAUUUCGGUAACGAGAUAAAGGCGAGUCGCCAUGUAUUUUAAUGUAAGACAGUGUAUUUGUACAUCGGAAUAUAUUUCUGAACAAAAUGAUUGAUUUUGAGUUAUUUCAAAAUUUGUGUGACCCUCAACGGUCCUCCGCAGUAAAGGUUAGGAGCAAAGAGUAUAUACCACCAAUCCUGUCAAAUUCGAUUAUAAAUCAAUGUUAAAAGUACAGAACGCCUUAUACAGGGUGUUUUCCAAUUGAAUGUUAAAAAUUAAGGCACAGUUUUGGGGUCAAUUUUAAAAAGAAGACUUUAUUUUAAAGUGAAAAAUGUCACUUUUUAAAGGGUAUCAGUUGUGUGCCACUGACCAUCUGUGAAGAAAUAAUAUUUUGGUUAAAUGAGUCGCCACUGCAUUGGUUAAAUCGAGAACUUUUUUUGUAUAAAGUAAAAUAUCUAUCUAAAAGAAAAUAUCUAGUUUUUAGUUACCAAGUAUUGUCCUUCAUAAAAAAUGUAUAUUGGAACACUGUUAAUUUUACUUUUACCGUUUCAGUAAAUUAACAAAAAAUAAUAAUUAUAAAGAUUUAAAAAAUUCACCAGAGUUUAGGUACUUCCUAUUUGUACAGCGAUUUAUUGAAGUAUUUUAAUAUAAUUACUUUUAGACAAUUACUUAAGUAAGAAAUAAUAAUGGUAAUCAUAUAAAGAGAAGAGGAUUUUAUUUUUUCAAGCGAAAACGGGACAUCGGAUUGAAAAAAAAUCAAGAAAUUGUAUUUCCUUAGAAAUUAUUGGAAAAUGCAAAAACAAUUUUUAUUAUAAGAGAAAUCAGUGGCGUACCAUCAAUGUCUGCCAAAAUAGACAUGUUAAAUUCCGCACGGCCGCAAUCGAUGUAAUUAAAAAAAAAAGUGGUACACUAAAUAAUGCAUCUUGAUACAUAGAACAUGCUUGCCAAAUCUCAUUAAAAUAUCGUAUAUUUUAAUUUUUGAAAAAUUUCCUCCCUCAAAAGUUAAGACAUACGUUCAUAUGAAGUUUUUUUUCAAAUGGACGCAAAAAUCGAUCCCUUAAUUAUUGACACUCGAUUAGAAAAAACCCUGUAUAUUCUCUACCGGGAUCAGGUCAUUGUAUUUUUAUCGAUACUCGUCAUUAUUUGAUGGUGCGCACAUCCAAAUUAUGUUAUAGAACCGUCCUGUAGGAUUCCGAGUACCACAGACCAGAGAAGUGUAUGCUUUACUGUGGUCCAUUCAGUGCAUUGUUCAUUUCUUGUGGAAGAGUAAUGCAACAUUCCCCGGCCGAUCCUGCGGGUUUUAGUUAAUUCCAGGAACAUAUUUUUGAUGAUUUAACGCAAAAAUGUCAAAAAUGGAUACCCUCUUCACAGUUUGUAGAAUUUUGCUGGAAGAAGACAAAAAUGGCCACGCACGUAGACACUUAAUAAUAAUUGGAUACUCUUCGGGGUCUCCUAUCGCUGCAAAUUUAUCUGUUUAACUUAAUACCAUUUUCGGAGUAAUUAUGACGCUUUUAUCGCUAUUGCAGCGAAUACGCGGGUCAUUUUUGACGGCUGAGGGACUGUAAGUGCUUCCACCGAAAUUCGUUUAAAUACCACCACCGCCGCCAUUACCAUUAUCGAUAUUUUUUAACGACGGAAAAAAUAAUUGACGGCACAAUUAGGUGACGCAGACGCUGAUAGUGAGGCCGUUCGAAACAUUUGCUUUUCUCUCCCCCGUUAAAAAAAAAAUGAAAGUGACGGUGCUAGUUUUUGUAGCUCUCUACGCGUUGGACGAAACAAACGGCUUUAGUUUGGGCAGAUUCUUCCCGUUCCAUGGCAAAAACAACGAAACCCAAGACACCACGCCAGCGCCGUUGCCGAUAGUGGUGAGGCUGAGGGAGCUCAACCACUUCUCGCAGGACAUGAUGCACAAGGAUUACGUCGGCGUGGGGAUCGACGCGACCGCAUUUUUGGAGACGUUCAAUUUGAAAUGGCCCGUUAGGAUCGCGGUCAAGGCGGUGCACAAAGCGUUCCAAGCCGCGCAUCCCUUCUACUUGAAAAUAUUCCCCGGCACGAAAACCAACGCCAGCUUCACGGACAGCAUCGUCGGAUACUUGGAAAGUGGACCGAAAAUGAUGUCGACCGCGUUGAAAAUUAUGUCCGUGUUCGGGCAGCAAUAAAUACAAUUUGUUUCGUACAUAAAGCUCGUUAAAUCAA